AUGGCUCCUGGAAAUUCGGACGAUCCUCGUGGAGAGCCGUCGAGCUUUGGCUCAUUAAGGAUCCCCACGGCUACUGCGCCAAACUCAUACGACUCUGGACACCUCGGUCAUGGGAACACGAUCGGCGAUGUGGAGCAUCUGGGCAGAGAAAGAUCCUCCUCAUUCUCACGCAUUCGCCAAGCCGGUGGACCUAAUAGUAUCGACAACUUCGCCCGCUCGUGGCAAAGAGCUGCCUGUUUCCCCGAGGUUAUCCCCCGGCGCUCGUCCUUUGUAUCCGCGGAUUUGGACGACGAGCUCGCCAUCGCGACGGGUCUAGAGUAUGGCUCUCGAAGCUCGCAGUCGUGGGGCCGCCAAUCCGACGUCGAGCGGCCUCUGCUGUCUGAGGACUCCGAGGGUGAUGAGUCUGAGCAGGAGGACUUGAGUGCGCCAGGACGACCCAGGAAGAGUGCUCCGACUGCGGGUUUACUGGCCUCGUCGUUUGAGAGAAGUUUCGCCGCUUCGUACGGGACCAUCUCCUCGCGCGUUAGCGAGUCGGCCCGCCGCAAUGCGAUCCAAUUCCACCGUGAGCAGUACCAGGUCCUCGCGGAUGGCGCUGGGGACCCUGAUCGGGAGCCGUUGAUUCUUAAGCAUGUGGAGCAUGAGGACGGUACACACGAGGAUAUCAUCAUCGGGCAGUCUACCGUGCCUCAAACGGUCUUCAACUCGGUAAACGUGUUGAUCGGCAUUGGCUUGUUGAGUCUGCCGUUGGCAAUGAAGCAUGCCGGAUGGGUACUAGGACUGCUGUUUCUCAUCUUCUCGGCUGUAACCACCUCGUACACGGCCAAGAUCUUGGCCAAGUGCUUGGACGUGGACAAGACUCUGGUGACCUAUGCCGACCUGGCCUACAUCAGCUUUGGGCAGCAGGCUCGUCUUGUGACGAGUAUUUUGUUCUGUUUGGAAUUACUCGGUGCAUGUGUCGCGCUAGUGGUGCUGUUCGCAGACAGCUUAUACGCACUGGUCCCGGGCCUGAGCAUUCUAGAAUGGAAAAUUGUCUGUGGUGUGGUGCUGAUCCCCUUGAACUUUUUGCCGCUGCGGUUUCUCAGCGUGACUAGCAUCCUGGGCAUUGUAUCCUGCACAUCCAUCGUGAUUCUUAUCUGUGUCGAUGGCUUGAUUAAGCCAGAUAGUCCGGGCUCACUUCGACAACCCGCAAGCACAUUCCUCUUCCCUGAAAACUGGGCCACCCUUCCUUUGAGUUUUGGUCUCAUCAUGUCCCCUUGGGGUGGACACGGUGUCUUUCCUAAUAUUUACCGCGACAUGAGGCACCCAAAGAAGUACGGGAAGAGUCUCUGGGUGACAUACAUUUUCACGUUCUCUCUCGAUUGCUCUAUGGCCAUUAUUGGCUGGCUAAUGUUUGGAGACAUUGUUCGUGAUGAAGUCACGGCUAAUAUCCUCACGGUAGAUCAGUAUCCGCAGGCCAUAUCCGUUUGUAUUAUCAUCUUCAUCGCAAUUAUCCCCCUGACCAAAGUACCUCUAAACGCCCGUCCCUUAGUGGCCACCUUUGAAGUCCUCUGCGGUGUUGGAAUUGGACCCGUAACUGGUGAUCGCCAACGUGAGGCGAUCCAGAAGCUGAUCCGAGUCGCCGUGCGCAUCUUCACCGUGGCUCUGAUUGUCGUGUUGGCCGUGAUCUUCCCUUCCUUCGACCGCAUUAUGGCCUUCCUCGGUUCAUUCCUUUGUUUCAGCAUUUGCAUCAUCUUCCCACUCGCCUUCUAUCUGAAGAUCUUUGGGAAUGAGAUCAGUCGACGUGAGCGCAUCCUCGAUUGGUUCUUGCUCAUCACGUCUACCAUUUUGGCGGCAAUUGGAACUAUCUGGGCAUUCCUGCCUCGCGAGAUGAUUUCGGAGGACUGA